ACAGACUUUAGCCCCAGGGUCCCAACAGACUUUGGCCCCGCCGCCCCCACCUGCCGCGCAGCUGGGAACCAGCGCGUCACUCCCAGCGGAAACGCCGCACAGCCCGGGCGUCUGGCGAGGUGCGCGCCUCCCGGCCCCCGCUCCGACGCUUCGCGGCUCCGGGCCCGCCGCCCCGCUCUCUCAGCCGCGCAGGGGCGUGGACAGGGCAGCACCUACCGGGAUCCGUGAGUCCAACCGCCGAGGAGACCCCGAAGACAAGCCAGCCCGGACAGCAGCCGGGAGACUGGCGCGGAAGGUCUGAGGCUACCCGUGGGUGGGAGGCGCCGACGCCGACUUGACAGCGCGUCCCAGCACCACGGACUCGCUCGCUCUCGCUCUCAGGACAAACUGAGGAAACAACCUUGGUUCCCGGAGCCGGCGGGGACUGUGGAGACGCUACCAGAAUCCUCAACAGCUUGGAAAUCCGAUCACCUUGGCUCCCGGAGACUUGGAGCAGGAACUGACAGCUGGUUGACAAAAAAACUCAUCCAGGGAGAGAAAAGGCAUAAGUGAAGUAUGAAAUUUUGAAUAACGUUUUCAGGUUUGAUCCUUGUCAUGUUACAGAAGAGGGACCCAAGACUGAGAGGCUAAGAGAUCUGACGGUGGUGUACAGCUCCUCUUUUCAGAUGCUUUGCAGUCAGAAUAGACCACUGGUGGGAUCCAAGCUGUCAAGCAAUCCUAUAUUCCUAAGGUCUCAAAUUGCAGGAUUAAAGGGCUUGGAUUAAAAAGCUGAUGAGAAGACUAGAGCACAUGGGUGAGGCUUGUAAUCCUUAAACCUUGCUGUGGAUGAUCUGAGCGGCAUGUUAGGGAAUCCCUGUGGUAUUGAUUCUGACUUUUGAAGAUGGAUGAAGGUGUAGAAAUUUCAAGUGAUGGAAAUUCCCUCAUCAAAGCAGUCCAUCAGAGCCGGCUUCGCCUCACAAGACUCUUGCUAGAAGGUGGUGCCUACAUUAACGAGAGCAAUGACCGUGGAGAAACACCUUUAAUGAUCGCUUGUAAGACUAAACAUGUUGAUCACCAGAGUGUCAGUAAAGCCAAAAUGGUUAAAUACCUAUUAGAAAACAAUGCUGACCCCAACAUACAGGACAAAUCUGGGAAAACUGCUUUGAUGCACGCUUGCUUAGAAAAAGCUGGUCCUGAAGUUGUUUCCCUGCUUCUAAACAAUGGGGCUGAUCUCAGCUUGCAAGACCAUUCUAGUUAUUCAGCCCUUGUUUAUGCUAUAAAUUCAGAGGAUAGAGAAACCCUGAAAGUUCUACUUAGCGCUUGCAAGGCAAAAGGGAAAGAGGUCAUUAUCAUAACGACAGCGAAAUCCCCCUCUGGUAGGCACACUACCAAACAGUACUUAAAUAUGCCCCCUGUAGAUAUAGAUGGGGGUCAUUCCCCAGCCUCCUGUGCCACUCCUUCAGAAAUAGACAUAAAAACAGCCUCAUUGCCACUUACACAUUCUUCUGAAACUGAAACGACCUUUUUUGGCCUUAAAGGUCUGGAGCUCUCAGGAAGUAGUGAUGAUACACAGGACCCAGGCUCCCCUGUGAGGAAGCCUGCUGUGGCCUCUAAUGGGCCCAAGCUACCCCAACCUCCAACCUGGAUCAAGAGUCCUCCCUUACUAAUGCACCAAAACAGGGUGGCCUCUUUGCAGGAGGAGCUCCAGGAUAUUACUCCAGAGGAAGAAUUAUCCUACAAAACCAAUGGGGUGGCACUUUCCAAGCGCUUCAUCACUAGGCACCAAAGUAUUGAUGUAAAAGACACAGCGCAUUUAUUAAGAGCCUUUGAUCAGGCCAGCUCAAGAAAGAUGUCAUACGAUGAAAUAAAUCAUCAGGCAUUUUUUUCAGAAGGAAGCCAGCAAUGCACUGAAAUCCCUGCUGACCCAGAUCCAGACUCUAACCAGACAAUCUUUGCUUCCACCUUAAGAAGUAUAGUUCAAAAAAGAAACUCAGGGGCAAAUCACUACAGCUCUGAUUCCCAGCUCUCCGCUGGUCUUACCCCUACAACUUUAGAAGAUGGCAAAGCACUUAUAGGAAAGAAAAAGGUCUUCUCGCCAUCUCCUUCCUUGCUGUCAGGGCCUAGAGAAUUGCUGGAGAAUAUCUCACCAGGUCCCUUGAGCAGGAGAAAUCAUGCACUUUUAGAAAGGCGUGGGUCAGGAGCUUUCUCUUUAGAUCACAAUAUUACUCAAGCCAGACCAGGAUUUCUGCCACCCUUAAAUGUGAAUCCUCACCCUCCCAUUUCAGAUAUCAAUGCCAAUAAUAAGAUUUCCAGCCUCCUUUCUUGUGGUCAAAAAGUGCUUAUGCCAACAGUUCCUAUGUUCCCUAAAGAAUUCAAAAGCAAAAAAAUGUUAUUAAGGAGACAAUCAUUGCAAACAGAACAAAUUAAGCAAUUAGUAAAUUUUUAAGAGAUGCCUAGAAAGCACAUUUUGUUCAGUUGUCUACAUCAGAGAAAUAUAGAACCACAGAAGAAUUCUCAAAUGUUCAUCCUUUUAAAUCUUGUAAUUGGUUAGUCCAUCAUUGUUAGGCUCAUCAAAAUAUACUGUGUAUCGUCCUAGGCACUGUGGACAUACAAAUAAUAUGUAGUUUCUACUAAGGAAAUUUAAACAAAAUUAAAGCUGUAUUUCUCAAAAUUUCUAAUAUAUAACAACCUUCAUGUGGCCCAAGUUUCUAAUUUAAACAAAAAUCAGUAAAAAAAAGGUCAAAUAUGUUGGAGAUGAUUUCAGAUUUUUCAAAUAUUUUAUUAGGAAACACUGCAUUCAAAUCAAUAAACAUUUUUAACAUUACAAGUCAAUAAAUGAUUGUAAUUUUCCGAGAUGCCAAAAGCAUUAAAAAAAAAAAUGAAAGUGUUCUAUGAUCAAUAAGCCUGUAUGGUAUAAGGAAAGGUAUAAGGUAUAAGGAAAGAAUGAACUAAUUCUUAAAAAUGUUGAUUGCAAGUGUAUGAAAUCUAAUUAAAAUUUUAAAAGGCUAACCAUUAUAGUAUACUGGGCAGCUAAUAUUCAUGUUGUCAGCUUUAUCAAUGUCAAAUAACAGAUCGGAGUUUUAUAAGCUAGUAAUAAUCUAUGCUAAGUGUUAGUGUGUUGUUUUUUGCUUGGUUUUAUUUUGUCUUUAAUGUUAUCCCAUAAAUUCUUUCUUCAUAUCCUUUAAUUCCUGCUAUUAUUUUUUAAGUCUAUCCAUAGGUUCCCAAUAACAAGAAAAAGCAGAAGUUUAACAGCAUUCCUCUUUACUUAUAUCAAAUUAUUCUUGUCUUUCUACAGACAACCAAAAAAACAAAAAUCUGGGGGUUUAUCACAAAUAGAAACUAUGUGCUUGCUUCAUUUUAGAAAAAGAAAAACUGAUUAUUAGAUUCUCUUAGGUU